ACUAGCCCACAUCCAGAAUGGGUUUAUGGAUUACAUCACAGGCUGUGCGGAUAAAUCGGAGGAGCCAGAUACUUCGCAGUUUGGCUUCCUGCAAAAGAAAAAGAGAAAACAUGCUGAUACUACUCAGGACUGUGGACUUUAAAUUGAGCAGUACUCGAGAUCUGAAGCUGGUCCUGCGAGGAAUAGUGCAAGCCACAGAGCAAGAGACGAGAGCAGCCCGGGCUUGUGUGCUGUGACAAACUCAGCUCGACCGCAGUGAUUUUACACACGUCUUCUGCAUACUCUUUUAAAAUAAGUACCAGUGGAGCGCAAACGAAGACACCCGCUCCUUGGACCAUGCUGUCACGCAAGUGAUCGCUUCUCCCUUCCUGGACUUACUAACUACCAAGUCACUGGUUACUGUGUGUGCUACCUGAAGCUUCAGAACAUUUAAAGGGGUCUGUAGCCUGGACUGGGAACAGCUCGUGGAGCCAACUUGUGCGUUUGAAAUUGAGUUGCAAAAAAAAAAAAAAUGAUUUUAUGUUUUGAAGGUUUUUUUUUAUAUAGACUGGAUGACUGCUUCUGUGUUGUAAGCAAUUAAAUAAAAAAAAAAUAAAAAAACAACAUUUUUUAACAUUAUUAAUUUGUAUUCGUAUUAUUAUAGAUAUACAUAAUAUAUUUAUUAUUUACAACGAUAACGAAAUGGAUCAUUCCCCGUGUUUUGUGGCAAUGUGUGUUCUGGUUUUAUUGCUGGGUCUUCAGAUUAAAGUUGGGAUUUGCCAGCAUUACUACCACCUCCGACCCGUUCCAAGUGACAAUCUACCCCUUGUGGAGCUUAUUGAGCACCCGGACCCUGUGUUUGACCCUAAAGAACGCGAUAUCAAUGAGACCGAGCUGAGAAGUCUACUGGGCAGUAACUUUGACCCGCACUACAUGUCAGUUUCCCCUGAGGAUCGUUACGCAGCAAACGACGAGCUCUCGGAUCAGGACCCGCUCCUCAGGCAAAAGCCCACGGGGGCGAUGCCCAGGGACAUCAAGACUAUGGAAUUUUUUGACAUGCUGCAUGGCAAGAAGCAGAAACCGAGCAAAAAACUCAAAAGAAAGCUGCAGCUGUGGCUGUGGUCCUACACGCUGUGCCCGGUUGUUUAUUCCUGGAACGAUCUUGGGAACAGAUUCUGGCCCCGCUAUGUGAAAGCGGGUAGCUGCUACAGUAAAAGAUCUUGUUCAGUUCCCGAAGGGAUGGUUUGCAAACCUGCCAAGACUGCCCAUUUUACGAUCUUGAGAUGGAGGUGCUUACAGCGAAAAGGAGCACAGAAGUGCAACUGGAUACCAGUUCAGUAUCCAGUUAUAUCCGAAUGCAAAUGCUCCUGCUCGAACUGAAAUGAACGUGUUAAUAGCUACAUGGGUAUUUUUAUAUGCACUGCCAAGUGUAGAAGGAAUGUAUAUUUUAUGUAUAUGUGGUGCCAUUGAAAUAAUAUACCUGUAAAAAGGUCAGUAUUAUGCAUAAGAUAACCAGCGUCUACUGUAUUUGGGGGGAAAAUGUCCUGGUUGUAAUGUAUCGUUAUAUUUAUAUUGAGAGCACUUCGCAUUGCGAAGCAUUUAAAAAAACAAGGACUUUAAAGCUGUUUUCCAUUCUACGGAAAGUGUGGUUUUAUGGACAUCAGUCGAAUAUAUAUAUAUAUAUUACAAUGGAAUUCAGCAGCUGCAAUAUAGCUGCAAAUAUAUUGGGAACAUUUGAAUGAUUAAUCUUGUAAAUUAAGAGUAACUGCUAUUUAUUCUUUAUAUUCCUGUAGUAAAACGCCAGUAAAUAAUUAAAGUAAACCACUAAAACUACAAUGCCAAGAGUUAUUUUUCUUGAUAUAAGAAAUUUAUUUUU